AUGUGGGCCCUCAGUUUGGAGACGAAACAUUUUCUUGCUUGCUUUUUCAUAUUUGUCUCUCUCUUUCUUCAAACUUUCUUCAAACCACUCCUAAAUUUCUUUGCUCUGCUGCCCCCAUUUUCUCUGACUAACAGUAUUCUUGAAUGUCCAAAGCUUUUCAAAUCACCGCUUCUUGAACACAAGGAAUAUAAUCUGGGCUCUCUCAAGAGUGGCUUAAGGCAAAAAUAUUCCUCGUUGAUCUUUCGAGGCGGAGCGUGGUUUGGAUGUAAUAUGUGCCAUUAUUGUGGUGCGGAGCUUACGGGAUUGAGUAACUGCACAGAGCAGGAAAAUGGACAUGCUUUUGUGGAAUUAAAUAGCGAGCACUUUAUCGAAUCUUGCAAGCUUUGUGCUGAAAAGAAUUAUCAAAACACUAAGAAUCAAGAAAAUUCCAGUUCUUACACAAUGAAAUCAUCUAGUUCCACUGCCACGUUAAGUAGCAGUGGAAGUUCUCUAUCAAGCUGUGGUGAUAUACCAGUUGAUGCGAACUUUGGUGACCGGCGAGAUGUGGAGGACAGCAGCACAGACAGCAGUAUUCACGAGAAUCACAAUUCAUCGGUAAAUGGUUUUCAUGUAACAUCUAAACACGAUGCCAAGGAAAUUAGUGACACUGAAAGCUCGGGUCCCACUUCUUCUCCCGAUGAUGAAGUGGAUGACGAAUUUUGGCUACCUCCCGAGCCAGAAGACAGUGAAGAUGACUUAACCGGGAGCAUAUCGAACUACGAGGAUGAUGAUGACGAGUGUGGCGAUUGGGCCAAAACGAGCUCUUUGAGCAACUUUGAAGAUGAAGGGAGUGGAAGUUACAGGCACAAGGAGGGAAAAACUAAAGCCAUGGAGGAUGUUAAGAAUGGGAAAUUUAAGGCCCUCGUGAGUCAAUUGAUAAAAUCGGUGGGUAUUGAUGAUCAUUUUGUAGAUGAAGGUGAGAAUUGGGUUGAUAUAGUGACUGCUUUGUCUUGGGAGGCAGCUGCUUUUGUAAAACCGGACUCACAUGAGGGUAAGGCAAUGGACCCCGAUGGGUAUGUGAAGAUUAAAUGUGUGGCGACCGGUUCUCGAACUCAAAGUCAACUAAUCAAAGGGCUGGUAUUCAAAAAGCAUGCUGCCCACAAGCAUAUGCCGACAAAGUACAAAAACCCCAGAUUGUUGCUAAUCCACGGCUCACUUGAUCUUUCUUCUGGUGGAUUGUCAUCAUUCGAAUCAAUGCAGCAGGAUAAGGAUAGCCUAAAAUCCAUUGUUGAGAUGAUAGAUAUGUACCAUCCUAACGUUAUUUUGGUCGAAAAAUCUGUUUCUCGUGACAUACAAGAGUCUAUUCUCGCGAAAGGGAUCACAUUGGUAUUUGAUAUGAAGCUUCAUCGAUUAGAGAGGGUUGCUCGUUGUAUUGGCUCGCCUAUCUUGGCCACGGAGGUCGCUAUUGGUCAAAAGCUAAGACAGUGUGAGUCCUUUCGUAUAGAGAAGUUUGUAGAGGAACAUGCUUUUAGCACAGAAACUGGGAAAAAACAAAGUAAAACAUUGAUGUUCCUCGAGGGUGCCCCUAGUCGUCUUGGAUGUACGAUUUUGCUGAUGGGAGCUAAUAGUGAUGAACUGAAAAGAAUCAAAUGUGUAAUUCGUUGUGCGGUUGUAAUGGCAUAUCAUUUGAUGCUGGAGACUUCUUUCCUACUCGAUCAGACUGCGAUGUUCUCCACGAUUUCUCCUUCUGAAAUCCUCGAUUUUACCCUGACAGACGAACAAGUGACAUUAGUCAGAAAUGAGGCUGCAACCACUUUUCCCCCAAAUCAACCUGAUGCAGAAAAAUCCGACACGUCACUUACUCUUGAUAUUCCGAUUUCAAACGGGUUCCAUAAAAUAGAGCUACAGAAGCUAAUUUCUUCCCCCAAAAGCAAUUCUUCACUAUCGUUCAACGAGUGUCAUCCAGAAACUUUUCCGGGGUUAUCUAUCUCGACAUCUAUUCAAAAAGUCAUGAAUGAAAGUUUUCCUAUUUUGCCCGAUGGAGAAAAUGGCUGUCAAACCAAACAGGCUAUUCAGAUUUCCGGUGAGGAAGAAGAUCGAACACAGAGCAAGGAUGAGAUAAAUUCUGUUUUAGAUUCCGAGAGUAUUCUGGUUUUGAUGUCCAGCCGCAAUGCUUCACAAGGGACGAUUUGUGAGCACAGCCAUUUUUCUCAUAUUAAGUUCUACAAGAGUUUUGAUGUGCCUCUUGGAAAGUUCUUGCAAGAUAAUUUACUCAAUCAGAGACUAGAGUGCAAGACCUGUGGUGAACCCCCAGAGGCGCACUUCUUCUACUACGCGCAUCAUAACAAGCAACUCACAAUACAAGUUCGGCAUCUUCCUGCAAAAAAGAGUCUGCCGGGUGAAAAUGAAGGCAAGCUUUGGAUGUGGAGCCGUUGUGGCCGGUGUAAAAUUCAUAACGGGAGCUCGAAAUCUACGAAAAGGGUGUUGAUAUCAAGUGCAGCUCGUGGUUUGUCUUUCGGAAAGUUUUUGGAGCUCAGUUUUUCAAACCACUCUUCAUUCAACAGCCUCUCCAACUGCGGCCAUUCUUUCCAUAAGGAUUUCCUCUACUUCUUCGGACUGGGCCCCAUGGUUGCGAUGUUUAAGUAUUCAACUGUCGUGACUUAUUCAGUGUCUCUGCCACCACAAAGGCUGGAGUUUAGCUUUACGGUCAAAGAAGAGUUUCUCAAGAAAGAUUCGGAGAAUGUUUACCGAAAAGGGAUUUUGAUGUUUCUCGAGAUAGAAAAAUCUCUUAUGGACCUCAAAAAUAGAUAUAUUGGGGCCACUCUGAAUAUUCAAGGUUCAAGGAAGGAGUUUUCUGAUAUCGUGGACAUGCUGAAGAUGGAAAAAUCUCAAUUUGAGGUGGAGAUUCAAAAUGUAUCUAAGAACGGAGGUGAAGAUGAUGCCAUGAGUAAACUUCUAAACUUGAAUAGAAUACGCUUGGACCUUCUUCUGGAAUCUUGCGUAUGGGAUCGAAGAUUGCACGCGCUUAUCUCAUCUGAUCUCAUAGUUAUUGAUUCUAAUUCACUAGCAGUAGAUCAAGGUACACUCGAUGAGGAUAAAAAACACGCCAGUGAACUAGAAAGCGUUCUUGAAUCUGAAACUAAAUCGGAGGAGGCACUUAUCGACAACAAUGAUUUUCCUGUUAAAGAAAUUCCUAUCGACGGACACAAUGUUUUAACUCCAACUACUGAAAAUUCUCACGAAAAUGGAUCUUUUCACGAUUUUCCAAUCAAAUCAACUGCCGAAGAGAAUUUCAAUACCGUCGAGACAAACUUCGAACAGGAAAAAGUCGAUACACCAAUGGAAUCAGACAUCCUAGGAUGCAAUCACGGCAUCUGGGCACCUUUUUCCGACAUACGUCGUGAAUACAUGGAGGAGCUCCAAAAAGGGCACCUCCCGAAAUUCGAGCUGUGUAAUAGUUACGCUUCAGAAUCCACGGCUCGGAAAGUGAUUUCAGACGAAGGUUCGAGACUUCACAUCCCCCUCGGCUCGAACAACCAUAUUGUGUCCGAUUAUGAAGAUGAGUUCUCGAGCAUAAUUGCAUGUGCUCUCUCUUUACUGAAAGACGGGCCAUCUUUAACCGAAAAUCUAGCCGAGGACUCGUCGCAAACCCUGCCCCGUGCAUACUCGUUGGCCUCCCCUCAUUGGUCCUCUUUCGGCUCGUUCAACUCGGAUGCUGUCCAAUCACCCCCCUCGAAUUCUUCGGGAGAAUUACACUCGUCGAGUUUCGACAGUUUAGAUUUGUUGGAAUCUUUGGUUUCUUACGGUGCAAGUCAUCCGGAAGUUUCUAUGGGGUCGGGUAAAAAUGUGGGCACACGUAAGUACUCGGUCGUGUGUGUGUACGCGGGUGAGUUCCAGAAGCUGAGGGAUCGGUGUUGUGCUUCGGAGGUCGAUUACAUUGCAUCUUUGAGCCGUUGUAGGAAUUGGGAUGCUAAGGGGGGAAAGAGCAAGUCUUUUUUCGCAAAAACUUUGGACGAUAGGUUUAUUAUUAAGGAGAUUAAGAGGACAGAGUUCGACUCGUUCGUGAAGUUUGCGGGGAACUACUUUGAGUACAUGAGGCAGUGUUACGAGCUAGGAAAUCAGACGUGUCUAGCUAAGAUUCUUGGGAUAUACCAGGUUGUCAUAAGAGCAAAAAACGGGAAAGAGGCGAGGCACGAUCUUCUGGUGAUGGAGAAUCUUUCGUUCGGACGACAGAUAGCAAGACAGUAUGACCUCAAAGGGGCCCUUCACGCUCGACUCAAUACGGCUGGCAGUGAUGCUGGCGAUGUUCUCUUGGACCAAAACUUCGUGAACGAUAUGAACGUCUCGCCACUUUAUGUCAGUAGGAAAUCGAAGCGUAAUCUUCAGAGAGCUGUUUAUAACGACACUAAUUUCCUCAAUUCGAUCAAUGUUAUGGAUUACUCCCUUCUCGUUGGAGUCGACACUAAAAAUCGAGAACUGGUGUGUGGCAUCAUCGAUUAUCUCAGGCAAUAUACAUGGGACAAACAGCUCGAAAACUGGGUCAAAUCGUCACUUGUCGUGCCUAAAAACCAGUUGCCGACCAUAAUCUCCCCAAAAGAAUACAAAAAACGGUUCAGAAAAUUCAUCGAUACCCAUUUCUUGAGUGUCCCCGAUCAUUGGUGUUCUAGAAGAUCCUCCAACCCUUGUAAGCUUUGCGGCCCCACUGAAGGAAAUAGCUCGUUUAAUGCAAAAUGCAUUGAACGAGCCAAUCCAGAUAAGGAUACUACUACUACUACUACUACUCGUGCCAGCCAAGUGAAAAAUGAAGGUGGCUCGUUCAAAUCUCCUCCAUAUAAUAAUGGCGAACAAAACGGGUUCAUGGCGUCACAAAUCUGA